GGACCCGAGUGGAGGUCCGUAUUUUCACAGGAAGUACUGUUAAAGAGACAGCCGGUUGAAAAGUGUCGAGACGGCAGUUUGGCAGAGGGCCCCCCCCGUUGGUACAGGUCUGCAGCCGACACGCCCCUGCAUUGCUGAGCAGAAGCUGUGGACAGUCGGGAGGGGAAAUCACGUCUUGCCCCCGGGGGGUCGAGGUGCAACGGGUCGCUCGCCCUUCCUGCCGCCAUGGAGCAGUGCGCGUGCGUGGAGCGCGAGCUGGAGAAGGUGCUCCACCGGUUCGUCAUGUACGGCCACCUGUCCGAGGAGAGCCUGGACGAGCUGCUGCGAUACGUCUGCGAGCUGCGGGGGCAGCUGGUCACCUUCGGUGUCCAGGAUGCGGACCUGUCCGUCCUCUCGCAGUCCAUGGCCCAGUGCUGCAAGAACAUCAAAGACACGGUGCAGAUGCUGGCGUCCCGGCACAAGGACAUCCACGGCAGCGUGUCCAAAGUGGGCAAGGCCAUCGACCGGAACUUCGACGCGGAGGUGAGCGCGGUGGUGGCUGAGACGGUGUGGGACUCCCCGGAGCGGCAGAAGUACCUGAGCGAGACCAUCGUAGAGCACCUGUACCGGCAGGGUAUGCUCAGCGUGGCAGAGGACCUGUGUCAGGAGUCUGGGGUGGUCAUUGAUAUGAGCUUGAAGCAGCCAUUCCUGGAGCUGAAUCGCAUUCUAGAGGCUUUGAGAAUGCAGGACCUGAGGCCAGCUUUAGAGUGGGCCGUAGCCAAUCGGCAGCGUCUCCUGGACCUGAACAGCACCCUGGAGUUCAAGCUGCACCGCCUCUACUUCAUCAGCCUGCUGAACGGGGGCAUGGGCAACCAGCUGGAGGCGCUGCAGUACGCCCGGCACUUCCAGCCCUUCGCCUCGCAGCACCAGAGGGAUAUACAGAUCCUCAUGGGCAGCCUGGUGUACCUGCGCCACGGCAUCGAGAACUCGCCCUACCGCAGCCUCCUGGAGACCAACCAGUGGGCGGAGAUCUGCAGCAUCUUCACGCGGGACGCCUGCGCCCUGCUGGGGCUGUCUGUGGAGUCGCCCCUCAGCGUCAGCUUCGCCUCCGGCUGCAUGGCCCUGCCCGUGCUCAUGAAUAUUAAACAGGUCAUUGAGCAGAGACAGUGCAGUGGGGUGUGGACGCAUAAAGACGAGCUGCCCAUUGAGAUUGACCUGGGGAAGAAGUGCUGGUACCACUCAGUGUUCGCCUGCCCGAUCCUCAGACAGCAGACCUCAGAGAGCAACCCUCCCAUGAAGCUGAUCUGUGGGCACGUCAUCUCCCGCGAUGCCCUCAACAAGCUCACCAACGCCGGCAAACUGAAGUGUCCGUACUGCCCCAUGGAGCAGGAUCCCUCAGACGCGAAGCAGAUCUUCUUUUGACGUCGUUCCGGGAGACAGGAAGUGGAAUCCUCCGGAGCCGUGUUUCGGGACCCGCCCUUGGGGGGCGCGGGGAGGUCCGCGCGCAGGGCGGUCGGGGGGUCGGGGGCUCCGCCUCCAUGGGAGCCCCGCCUCACACGCCGUUAGUUUACAGAGACUUUCCGAUGAUAGCAAUGUGCCCGUAGACCGAGUCAAUAAGUGUACCUCACAUAGGAUCAUCAUCACUCUCAUCCAGUACUGCCUGGUACCAUAGGCUUUUUUAAGAAAUAUGUAUUUUUUUUUUUUUUUUUUUUUUUUUUUAGCUGUUUUAACUUUAAUAUCGGAGGUUGUUUAGUCUCCCAUGACCGCUCCUUCUCUGUCCUCCUUCCGUUCGGUGAAAAUUUAGCUGAAAGGUUUUGGACGGAUGCUGACCCUCAACCAUGCGAGGACCCGCUGCUUGUUAAAGGCCAAUAUUUAAACUUGGUAAAUGUUCUAUAUAUGGAGUUAAUCUACAUCUAUCAAUUAUAAAAAGUGGCAGCUACGCCAUACUAUAUCCUCAUAUAACUUAUAUUGAUAGAUAUGAUAGUUUUAUGCUUUGUGGUGAGGUAGUUAAAACAAGCUGUCUCAUAAAAAGGAAAAAAAAA